UCGGUCGAUUUGUUGGUUGGUGCCAGCUGUGUUGCAACUUUAAUGUCGUUCUUCACCUACUUUUCGCCUGGAUACAAUUACGCAUAUCAAAAACGCUUAUGCUCACCAGCAUACAAAGUGCAAUUCCGCACACGUUUCAAUGGCAAUGUGCGGAACUGAAUUAUGCAACUUCUACCAAUUUUGGAGGGUAUAUAAGUACUGCGCGUUAACUGACGAUGACAUUACCAAAAUUCACAUUGUUCUCUAAACGCUUCACUUAGCAACCAAACAACACAAAAAUGACCAAAUUAAUCAUUGUCCUGUGCGCUUUCAUUGCCUGCGCUGCCGCCAAGCCACAACUAUUUGCGGCCCCAUUGGCUGCUGCUCCUGUUGUUGCCUCUUAUCCAGCCGCCUACGCUGCUGCGCCUAUUGCCUACGCUAAUGCACAUUUGGAUGCCGCUUACUCCAGCAGCUCGGUUGAUGUGAGACAAAACUAUGGCGCUGCUUUUGUGCCCGCUAGCUAUGCCGCUCCUGCUGUUUACUCCGCCCCAGUUGCGCCUGUCGCUGCAGUAGCUCCAUUGAAGUACACCGCUGCUGCUCCAGUUUUGUUGUAAAU